AUGGCUCGCCGCCCGUCGGUGCUCGUCACUAUCACAAGAGUUGUUAGUAAUUGGUGUUUAACUAAAUCCAUGAAGCUUUGGUUUACAUUUGCCUUCGCCACAUCUGUGUGCUACGCUGCGGUAGUGGACGACCUUCUUACGUCUGCUGCUGAAGGUUUCAGCCUCUGGGCAUCCAGCCUAGAAGGUUGGAACUCCGGGGUAGGAUACGACUCGGCUAUGAUCAUGCAGCUCUCAGACUACGAUCCACUCUCAAUGCAGCUUUCACAACUAAAUGAUAGCGUGGCCAACAUGCCUGUACCCCAUGAAGAGGACUACAAGCUUCUGUACACGAGCUUGAACAAUCUCACCGGAGCAGUCACCGAGGCAUUGAGCACCCUUAACCAAAAAGCGGCAGACUUUUAUUCCGUGGGAGCCAACCAGGUCAUUGGUGCUGAUAUCUCCCAAUUUUCUAGUGCCAUUGAGGCCAUUUUCAACCAUGUGGUCGGCUUCCUUCCCGAAAAUGUAGACUGUCAGAUCAAACUCCCAUUGUCAAGGACUUACGACAAUUUGACCAGUGCAUUUAAUAGCGCGGCAACCACCUUCAGCACCCAAGUGAAAAACUUCACUUCCCUGCUUGAUAAUAGUUGCAUUUCGGUUGGCACCACCUCUGGCUCUAAACAUGCCCACUCUAAUGGGUCCUUCUAUCAAGUGGCACCGGUUGGUCUUGCAUUUUUCUUUUCCGCUUUAAUUGCCCUGUUUUAG